AGUAGAAGAAACGUGCGUAGUUCCUCGUUGAUCCGAUAAAAGCUUGUGGCGUUGUAGCCAACCAAGAGACCGUUUCUUCCAUUGGACGUUUGAAGUGAGAAGUUUAUAUUCGUUGCUAUGGGAUAUCACGUGUGGUUUCCCGCGGUGGAAGCUGUGGUAGGUUAAUUCAAUAGGCUUGUGUGGUCUGGUGCAGGACAUUCACAUCAAAGAAUCGUCAGGCCAACGAACUAUGCUGGCAUAUAACGCUGGAGGGGCACAGCUUGAUCUAUCAGCUUAUGCCAAUAUUACAAGGGCCCAGGCUUAAGUCGUCAGAGAUCAGUCAGUGUAGCCAAAGGAGAAAUGUCUGUCAACAGUAGAAGGAGUACAAAACAGUCUUGUGGCUCACCCUCUUCAGUGCUGUCGACAGUAUCAUAGUACAAAGCUUGCAUUGUAUUUUUUCUGAUCAGAUUAUGUACUUGUGUCUUUAUUAUUCGUAAUUAGAGUUUUUAUUGAUGAGCGGACUCGUUCGUCUGUUGCUUUGUGAAUUUCAUUUGGUUUAUCGGAAGAAUGGAAUAACAUAGUGAUCGCCAGAAGAAUGGCAGUUCAAUACCUGACGGGGAUUAUAUCUGUCAUCUACAAACUGGAUAUUCUACUGUCUCUUCUCCUCAUCCCUGUCUUGUGUACUUCCACAUACGACGGGGAAGACCAAGAUACACAUUACAUUCACGGAGUAGGUGCCGAUAUGACAUCUUCCGUCAAACCAACAAAAGCGGAUUUAGACGUCGUCUCAAAAUUUCUAAAUCUCGUCGAAGAGUACGAGAGACACAAAGACAAUUGUUCAACAGGGACGUCGUAUAAUUUAGGUACCGGUGUCGUCAUGCAAUAUGGUGUCCUGAGAUUUAAAAGACAAGCCUUAGUUGCCGUCGGCAGGGCGAACUUUUACACCCGGCUGUGGACUGGUCCCGAUCCAUCCUUGUGGAAUUCGCAAUACCUUUUCUACACCUCUGUCCGUAACAUGUUAGAAAGUGACGAGGAUUUAUUCGCUGCUGGUAGCUGCCAUGACCAGUUUCAGUUCAAGAACUACAAUAUGUUUUGUCCUUAUGCAUACCGCUUGCCUAACGGUCGGAUUAUGGUGAAGGACCUAUCGCUGGCCUACCCUUACUUAGGGAACGACUCCGAGUGGUUUCAUCAAGCCAAGCUUAAGGCGAGCAUGCUGUCGGGAUUCAACAUCACAAUAGGUGAAGAGCGCAUGCGCAUCAGUGAAACAUCUUUGGGACCAAUCAGAAUCGACCGUAGCCUGACCGUCCGUUACGAGGACGGCCAUUGGUCACUGCCGUAUUUUGAUUGUGGAGGCGGCAACAUCUGGAUGAUGACGUACACUGUGCCUUUCUUUGGUAAAGAUAAAUACGGGCACUUCCAUUUUAAAGGCACUAGCGGGAUUGACAUAGAUCUCCAGAAGGUCGAUAUAAACCAGUGCCACAGUCCACCGGGGUCACCAGCGAUGGAAACAAACGUCUUCGCAGGGUCAUCCAAAUGCAAAGAGGAUACAACCGAGUGUGUUCCAGUACAGGGUCUCGGCUUCCGGCGAGGGUCUUACAAAUGUUACUGUAAGAGAGGCUACUACUUCCCCGACCCUGACAGCGGCUAUACCUACUUCAACGGCUCAGAGAUAGAAUAUGAAUUCGAGAAGAAAAUGAAGGGCAAUGAAGAAAAUUACUACGAUGCAUACUUCAACUGUUUGAAAUGCGCUCCUGGGUGUGACGAGUGUACGGACAGUCGGCCAUGCGUGAUCAGCCUCGACUGGGUGCAGAGAAGCAUCCUGCUGGGUCUGUCCUGCAUGGUCAUGGCUAGCAUAGCCAUCAUGAUGUUGUUCGUCUGGACGUAUAGAGAAGUCAAGAUUUUAAGGGCAGCUAGUCCAGUCCUCCUAAAUAUAAUCCUCCUCGGCGCCUUGCUGUUAUACAGCCCGAUGAUUGUUAGCUACUUUGAGGCAACUGAGAUCACAUGUUCACUGCGGCUGUGGCUUCGUGAGCUCGGAUUCUCUAUAUCUUAUGGUGCUCUUUUAUUAAAAACAUGGAGGAUCUCGGUGGUGUUUCGAGUGAAAUCUGCUCAAAGAGUAAAGAUCUCGGACACAGACUUAAUCAAGCGCUUGGCAAUAAUAGCAUCCAUCUUCCUUGCGUGGAUGGCAGUGCGGACGGUGGUGGGGAGACCACAGGUUGUACAGGGUAGACACACAAGUGGCUUAAAGGCAUUCCAGUGUUCCUUUGAUGUCUGGGACUACUGUGCCGCUGUUGGGGAACUUCUCCUGUUGCUGUGGGGCAUCCGAUUGUGUAUCGUGGUGAGGAAAGCGCCAUCAGAAUUCAACGAGAGCAGGUUCAUCAGCUGGGCUAUAUAUAAUGAAACACUCUUGUCACUAUUUUUAAAUAUAUCUAUGUUAUUUUUACAGUCGCCAUCCAACCCAGAUUUGUUGUAUUUAGUUCUUUUUCUACACACACAACUCACCACGACCGUCACUCUUGCCUUCUUAUUUGGUAGCAAAGCAUAUGUGGUAAUAAAACAUCGUAAUAAAGAACAAACUCAGACAACAGUCAGCAGGGGUUCGAAGUAUGUCGCAGCACCACGAGGCGGAGGAGGAGCUCAGACCACAUUACUGAGUACAGUCACAUCUGGGGGGACGAUGGGGACGAUGGGGGCACUGGGGGAGAAGAACGAGGACAGUGACUAUAGCAGUAAUGUGGAGAAAGACCUUCAGGAAGAAUUCAAGAAGAUAUAUAUGCAACUUGAAGUUUUACGUCAAAAAAAUCUCAAACUCGGUUCGAGUCAUUUGGACCGUAAGAUCACUGCAAUGAUAGACGCUUCAGUUAAGCAGGACCUUGUGGACUCUACGCCAUCCUCGCCGAAUGUGAAUGGGAAAAGGGUGGUCAUCAGUAUGAAUAACUAUACAGAUGCUACUAGUGUAUAGUGAAGACGUGAUUGACGAGUGCCGGUGUAAUCGGAAACUGUGUCACUUGAGAGAAUUGUCCAGGGAAGAGCAGAUUGGAUUGCAGAUUUUGAAUUUCGCUCAUUGAUUUCUAUAUGGAUACACUCGCCCAAAAAUAGAUCAGAGCUAAUGCUGUAGGGGACUUAUUCUGCUUACACGCCGGAGUACUUAAUGGACGAUUAUGUCCUCUAAGGAGUACCUUGAGAACAAUAGAUCUUGUUCUUGAGAAGUCAUUGACUUAAAUGUACUGUAUCCUGCCGAUAGCCAUGUGCCGAGUCGGUGAGCAAUACAGGGUUUUUCCCUUUCCCUGAAGAAAUCAUCUGUUCAGGUGGAGGUCACAGGAUGGCAAGGAAGACUGAGGUCCUCGACAAUCUUUGAGCUCUGACAAGAAGUGGGAAGGAAAAAGUCACAACCCGCGAACAUUACAAAGGGGUUACUAUGGGACACAAAAUCUCUGGUGACAUAGAUUCCCAUUACACCGACAGUGUCGGAAUAUUAAUUCAGUAUAUUUUUGGAAUAUGUCUCAUUCGUUAAUGGUAUAGAGGACACAAUCAUUUCGUCUUGCUGUUUGAUAUUGGAUAGAUCAAGUAAAAACACCAUUGCCCAAUGUGAGAUGUCUGCCUUGGAACUACUAGACAUCGGAAAGGAAGUUUUAGGAAAACAUAUUCUACCACUUUCUUCGCGAUGUCCGCUCUGUUUGACAAUUCUAGCAUUAUAUCGAAGGGCAGUCAUGGAAAUGACAGACCACAGACUUCCUACUGUUAUUACAAUAGGACUACAAUCACCAUGAGGUCAAGAUGCUCUCAGGAGCCAGCACUUAUUUUUCAAUGCACUGUACAGAACCUAGUUAUACUUUCUAUAUAACAUCCUUGAGAGACCACAUUGAUGCUUUUUUUCUACAUAGUUUAGUAUUAAGUUAAUUGUGAUAUAUAUUUUAUGAUACUUAUCAUGACAUCACAAAAACAAUUAAAAUGGGUUUUAGUUUUAAUCAUAUAAUAUAUAUCUACUGGUUUCCUUCGCGUUUCUUGAAUUUUCCGUUUAAUUGUAAUGGUCACGCUUAAUGAAGUGGGCCCUAGCUACUAAUUACCCGUAACGAUCAGCCCAGAAUCUAUGAAACACACAACUUGAAAAAACUGCGCGUAUAUUCUUUUGUACUAUCAUGAUCUUAAAUGUAGGGCUAGGUCUCUCUUUGCGGUGAAUCCGGAGCUGUCAGUUAAAAUUAGAGAGGAUGAAUCAAAUGGGGGAGGGGGGCGAAGUUCCUUCAUGGGAGAGACGAGUCCACUGCGUGUGAAGUGUAUGAGAAUGUUACUCGACACCCUGAUGCAGUCCUGUUUCCUAUCGGUCGAUCGAGGUGAGACCAACAGUACUAGUUGUGAAAUCAACAGCCUUAUAUAACACACCGUGUACUGUGAUGCACUUUGUAAUUUAAUGAUAAGGAUGAUUACACAUAAACAUUUCUUGUGCAUAGUAACGUAAAAUAAUCUUCGGGCCGGGUCCAGUUAGUGAAACAUGCGUCUUCUAGUUACAUAGGAGUUGUGAUCAACGACGGAUGCUUUAUUUUGUAUAUAUCUAUG